AUGAAAUUCUUACUCGCUGUCUGUGUAGCAAUUUGCUUUGCUGGAGUCUAUUGUGAUACAGCUCCCAAACCAGAGGAAGUGCAGUACGUAAAAGAAUGUGCCGAUAAAAAUCACAUGGAUCAAAAAAUGAUUGAUGACUUAAAGAUCAAGAUCUUCACGAUGAAUCAAGACACGAUGUGCUUUACGCACUGUGUAAUGAAACAUAAUGGAAUGAUAGACGACGAAGGAAAAAUGACUGAUAAGUUUAUGACGGUACCACAUGCUGACGAGUGUAAAACUAUGAGCGGAAAGGACAAAUGUGAAACUGCCACUAAAAUCAUGGACUGCAUGAUGAACAAAGAAAAAGUUACACUGACAGAUUUGAAUUUGUAA